UGGCCUGUCAGGUUCUUCGUCUUUAUUCAGAGAAGCACACGCGUGCAAAGGGAGGAGCGGUGCAACGCGCACCAAAAUAAGAAAACCCGAUUUUUCUCGGUUCCAAUUAUUGUUCAGAGAUUUCAUCAGAGCAUCAGAUAUCUCCUCCUCACCUGCUCCGUCUCUGCGCAAACAAUGUCGGUCCAUCCUUCCCGGCUGGCUCAGUUGGCCGCGGAGCCUGACAAAAUGGACGUUGAUCAGCCCGCAGCGUCUCCUGAGAAUGGCGUCUAUCUCGAAGAUCUCGAGGUGAACAACGACUACACAAUCAGAGGCACCGAUGUGCGCACUCAGCUCUAUCUCGAAGAGCAGGAGAAGAAGAAGAGGGCAAGCAAGCUCGCUGUGCCAACCGACGAUCUGAAAGUGCGGGCAGCCCUGCGCAACCUGGGCGAGCCGAUCACGCUGUUUGGAGAGGACAAAGCGGAUAGACGUUCUCGGUUGCGAUCAGUACUCGCUGCUAGAGAGGAUCUGGGAAUAAGUACUGAUCUGGGAAUCCAAGACGAGUCUGAUGAAUCCGAAGCCGGCGACGAUGAGGAGUUUUACACACAGGGAGGAGACGAGUUGCUGGAAGCGCGGCAACAGAUUGCACAAUAUUCACUAGAACAGGCACGACUGAGAAGGCUGCGACAGAUAGAAGAGUCGAGAAUAGCACUUUCAAAGCUGGUCAGUCAGUCGAGAACUAUCACAGACUAUCUGAAGCAGUACGCUCUUCAGGGUACUCAGUUUGUUGCAGAUCGUGCUGUCUCGGUCGUUCGCUUCAGUCCAAACUCUCAGAUUGUUGCAGCCGGAUCAUGGACCGGUUCGAUCAGGCUGAUUACUGUCCCGACAAUGGACGACUACGAAAUACCUAUCCUUCGAGGACACGACGAGAAAAUCGGAGGAGUAGCAUGGCAUCCGCAAGCCACUCUGCAGCAGUCACCUAGCUCUCUCAACUUGGCCUCCGGAGGAGGAGAAGGCACAGUGAAGCUAUGGUCGCUCGACAAAGGAGAGGCUCUGGCUACGUUGACCGGACACGAGGGCCGUGUGUGCCGUGUAGCGUUCCAUCCUACUGGGCGAUACCUCGGUACUGCGUCGUUCGAUUACACAUGGCGAUUUUGGGACGUCGAGACUCAACAGGAGUUGAUGAUGCAAGAGGGCCAUUCGAAGGAGGUGUACACUGUGGCUAUGCAGCGGGACGGCGCUUUAGCUGUAUCGGGUGGCUUAGAUGGAUUUGGUCGAGUUUGGGAUCUUCGGACAGGAAGAUCGAUUAUGAUUCUUGACGGUCACAGUCGAGAGAUCUAUGGUGCGGACUUCGCACCCAACGGAUAUCAGGUUGCUACCGGCUCCGGGGACGCUACGAUCAAGAUCUGGGAUAUUCGGAAGGUCAAGGCAGUGGCGACUAUUCCUGCACAUAAGAGUCUGAUCUCUGACGUUCGUUACUACGACGGAGACGCAGAGAUACCGGGCGUGGUAGCCACGGAAGGGCCGUAUACAGUACAGGGAAGUUAUCUGGCAUCAAGUUCGUAUGACGGCUCGGUCAGUAUAUGGAAGUCUGAUUCGUGGCUGCUGGUUAAGACGCUCAAGGGCCACAACGGAAAGGUGAUGACGGCAGAUAUUUCUGGCGACAACAAGUAUAUUGCCAGCGGAGGAUGGGACAGAUCGGUGAAGCUGUGGGCGAACGAGUACAUGUAGAAUAGCAGAAGCAGAAGCAAAUGUAAGAUAGGAAGCGAAUAAAAGCAGUGACGGUUAUGCCACAAAUUCACGCAGUCGGAUCCGGA